CUGCGGUGACGUGUAUAGCAAAACGCUGCGUAUAGCUGUGUAUCCAACUUGCACAGUUGCUACCAAAUAAUGUCAAGAAAUACACGAUUGUUAUGUGAAUAAAUCGAUUCUGUGCUGUUUACAAAACUCAACAGACCAUUCUCUAGUAUCGGAACAUUUAUAAUAUUACGAAUAAACAGUUAUCAACUUAAGAAUCCAAAAUGGUGCUCAUGACGAUGAUUGCUCGAGUUGUCGACGGCCUGCCGCUCGCCGCAACCAUGCAAGACGACGAACAGAGCGGCUGCAAUAUCUUGGAGUACCAAAAUCAGGCGAAAAUGCUGUUCCGGAAACUAGGACCGCAGUCUCCGCUACGGUGUUCGAUUGAAUCCGGACCUUUCUUGUUCCACUAUCUCAUUGAGAACGAGAUCUGCUAUCUAGUGUUGUGCGAGAGGAACUACAACAAGCGGCUAGCGUUCAGCUACCUCGAGGAGAUCGCUCAGGAGUUCUACCAGCAGUACGGGAAGAGGGUGAACACAGUGACUCGACCUUACACAUUCAUCGAGUUCGAUACGUGGAUGCAGCGAGCAAGGCGCCAGUAUAGCGAGGGCGGGACGCGCGCGCGCCGCACGGGCGCCGCGGCCGCCCUCGGCGGGCAGCUGGGCGACGUCCAGCGCAUCAUGAUGCAGAACAUCGACGACGUGCUGCAGCGCGGCGCCGUGCUCUCCGAGCUCGACACGAAAACGCAAUCCCUGUCCAUGAUGUCACAGAAAUAUAAGAAGGACGCAGCCUACCUCAACACCAAGUCUAUGCUCAUCAAAGUGACGGCCGGCGCUGUUAUACUGCUGGUAUUCGUACUGUACUUCUGGAUCCUGUAAGCCUGGUACUUCUGUCGAGUAAACACAGCCAUUUUGUUAUCUUGGCGGACAUUUUGAAAAGUAAAGGUAAAAGGGCGCUGGAUUAGCUAAAAAACAUAAUUGUAUUUAGAUUGAUAUCUUUGUAUUUAUAUCUGCCUAAACACCAAGUCUAUGCUCACCAAAGCGACGGCCGGUGCUGUCAUACUGCUGGUAUUCGUACUGUACUUCUGGAUUCUGUAAGCCUGGUACUUCUGCCGAGCAAACGCGGCCAGUUUGUUGUCUUGGCGGACAUUUUGCAAAAGAGCGCUGGAUUCGCUAAAAAACAUAUAAUUGUAGAUUGAUGUAUCUUUGUAUACACAACAAUUCUACUUCAUUUUCUUCUGGGUUCUGUAAACCUGGUACUUCUGACUGAUUAACACAGCCAUUUUGUUUUGGAGACAUUUUGAAAAAGUAAAGGGGUACUUCAUUAUAUCACCUAUGCUAUUCCGACCAAAUUCCGAAAGAUUUUUCAAAGAAAAUGGUAAAGUAGUCGCAUUCCAGAAGUUCGAUUAGUCUGUGUAUAUUUUGUUGCUUGAGAACUUUUGUACCUACCGAGUUUAUCUGUCGCUCAAUUAUAUGGGAAGAGUAAUAAUGAAAAUGUACAGUCAGCCAAUUAGAACCCUAGGCCACUGUAGAACUUUGUCAUAGUGACGCUAUAAACCAGAUUGUAAGAAAUCUCUUACUGCUUGUCAUUUUGACAUGGUUGUAGAGUGGUCGAGUGUACCCUUUACUUCAACAAACUGACCUUGGCACAGACCAACCCCUAUAGACAUCCAUUACAAGACGACUCGCGGUCGCCAGCCUUCCUAGUAUUUGCACUGAUAUAAGCGCGGGCGCUCGCCGUGCCCGAUCAGUAGCGACCAAGUAACAAACC